UGAUACAGCGAUGGGUCAGUUUGGAAUUAAGCCUCUGUUGCUCUUGGGUGUUCUGUCAGUGUGUUUGAGCUCUCAGGCUGGUUUAACUGUAGAAGCAGAACCUGGUGAUGAUGUCACUCUCUGGUGCCCACACAGCCUGACCCGAUCGGACUAUAUAUUCUGGUAUAAACAAGGGAAUAGUUCUGUACCAGUUCUUCUUGGCUGCAAACAGUUUAUGUCCUCAAGCCAACCAGAAAAGUGUUACUUCUUCACUGAAAAUGCCCGAAUGGUGAUGACUGUGAACACCAAGAACACAUCUCUCAGAAUAAGCGCAGUGAAUCAGUCUGAUUCAGGACUCUAUUACUGCAGCUUCACACAGCGUGACCACUUGAUCUUUAGCAACACAACUCACCUGCAAAUCAAAGCAAGUCCUGAAACACUUCCUAAGAGCUCAGACGGAGCGGAAGACUGUGCUUGUUGUGAGGUGUUAUUCAUGGUGAUUCUGGUCUUUGGUGCAGUGACUGUGAUUCUGCUCAGUGUCCUGGUCUUCAUCAUAGUGAAGAACAGAAAAAGAAACAGAGGCGUUACCACUCAAGCUGAAGAACAUGAGGAGCAGGACCGGGACUCUGUGAACUAUGCUGCUCUACAGUUCUCCAAUAAGAAGAACAAAAAGACAGGAAGACAUGCUGACAUGAACACAGAUCCACAUAUUGUAUACUCUUCUAUCAGACAAUAA